AUGGACAUCGUACUUGAGGUAUUCGAUACCUAUGUGGCAGAUUACUGCUACGCAAAAGCACUACCUUCUUCGGGAGCUUCAAUUUUCACACAAAGCGUCAAACACGUCGCCUCGUCUACCUUUUCAAGCCUACGUGAGGGCGCAACACCAUCUCCAGAUUACUCAUAUCGAUCGUCCACAAGCUUCUUCAGCCUCGAACCAUCACAAUAUGCCUACCAGAGCGCAUGGCCUAGAGACUCGAUCUACAGACAAGCAUUGAGCCUGUACAUAAUCACCUGGCUCUUCGGCCUGGUCCUCUACUUCAUCUGCGCAACCGCAUCCUACUACUUCAUAUUCGACCACGCAACCUUCACUCACCCCAAAUAUCUCAAAAACCAAGUCCGCCUCGAGAUCGAGCAAACCAUGGCCUCCAUGCCCAUCAUGUCAAUCUUAACCACACCUUUCUUCCUCGCCGAAGUGCGCGGCUACGCCAAACUCUACGACUCCCCAUCUUCCGCCCCUUUCGCCCAGUACAAUUACCUCCAAUUCCCGCUCUUCAUCCUCUUUACCGACUUCUGCAUCUACUGGAUCCACCGCACCCUCCACCACCCCAUGAUAUACAAGCGCCUCCACAAACCGCACCACAAGUGGAUCAUGCCCACCCCCUUUGCCUCCCAUGCUUUCCACCCCGUCGACGGCUUCACCCAAUCUCUCCCCUACCACAUCUACCCAUUCCUCUUCCCGCUCCAGAAACUCGCGUACAUCGCUUUAUUCAUCUUCAUCAACUUCUGGACCAUCUUCAUCCACGACGGUGAGUACGUCGCCAACUCGCCCGUCCUCAACGGUGCGGCCUGCCACUCCAUGCACCAUCUCUACUUCAACUACAACUAUGGCCAGUUUACAACCCUGUGGGAUCGGCUGGGGGGCAGUUAUAGAAAGCCGAACGACGAGCUGUUUCAGCGCGAGACCAAGAUGGGCAAGGAGGAGUGGGAGAGGCAGGCAAGGGAGAUGGAGAGGAUUGUCAAGCAAGUGGAGGGUGACGAUGAGAGGACGUAUGUCGAGGAAGAUGAGAUGACACUCCUCCAGAAGAAGACGCUGUAA